AUUUUCUAGUCCAAAACUCAACCUGGACUUGUUAGAGUUUCUCACCAGCCAAGCAUAUUAGAAGGUGUUGUGUUGACAUAGACAGAAGAAAUGGGCAGUAGAAAAGAUACGGAUAGUGGAAGUAGCAAUGGCAAUGGUAAUUUAACAGAGCCAUUGGUAGACAAAAGGAAAGAAUCAGAAGUUAAAAGCACACCUCAGAAGGGUAGCUUGUUUAUGGUUCUCUUCAGCACCUUCAUUGCAGUUUGUGGCGCAUUCGAGUUCGGGUCAUGUGUGGGAUAUUCCUCACCAGCCCAAUUUGGCAUUAUGGAGGAUCUCCAUCAAACUUAUUCAGAGUACUCAGUCUUUGGCUCCAUAUUGACUAUUGGUGCGGUUGUUGGUGCAAUCACAAGCGGACGAUUUGCUGAUUGGCUUGGCCGGAAAGGGGCCAUGAGGAUAUCAUCUAUUGUAUGCAUAGUAGGAUGGAUUGCAAUCUACUUAGGUUUUACUUCUGUACACCUAGAUAUUGGAAGAUUUUUAACAGGAUGUGGAAUAGGGGUUAUUUCUUAUACGGUGCCAGUUUACAUUGCUGAGAUCACCCCUAAAAACCUCAGGGGGGCACUAGCAACAGCAAAUCAGCUCUUUAUAACAAUGGGGAUACUUUUUGCAUACGCAGUUGGUGCAUUUGUAUCAUGGAGGACUCUUGCUCUGACUGGUCUUAUCCCAAGCGUGAUUAUGAUAAUCGGACUCAGCUUCAUCCCAGAGUCCCCUAGAUGGCUGGCAAUGGCUGGUCAAAAGGAAAAAUUUGAAGCUGCAUUAAAGACACUUCGGGGACCUGAUGUUGAUAUUUCUCGAGAACGGACUGAAAUUCAAGAAUCCUUAGCAGUUCUUAGACAACUCCCAGAAGUCAAAGUACUGGACAUGUUUAACAGUAGGAACUUCCCUUUUGUCUUCAUUGGAGUUGGAUUGAUGGUGUUUCAGCAAGCAAUUGGAAUAAAUGGAAUAAUAUACUAUGCUGGUCAAGUAUUUGUCUCUGCAGGAGUCUCGCCUAGUGUUGGAAGUAUUCUCUACUCCGGUCUACAGGUUUUCACCACUGCAUUCGUGUUGCUCGAACUUUUGAGUGGGAAAAAAGCAUGUGAAAUUAAAGAUGGAAAGACUCUGCUUUUGACAGAUUGGGCAUGGGGGCUAGUUAAAGAAGGUAGAACAAUGGAUGUUAUUGAAGACAACAUUCCUGAACUGGGGUUGCCUCAAAUUAUGGAACAAUAUGUCCUCACAGCCGUUCUUUGUGCUCAUCCAAUUUUACACGCCAGGCUAACAAUGGAGCAACUUGUCAAAAUAUUAGAAUCCAAUUUUUCAGUUUCUUCAGUUCUUAGAGCAUACGUUGAUUCUUCUUCUCCUUCUUCUAAUAGAGAACUCAUUAGUGUCAACUUUACAGAAGAAAUGGGCAGUAGAAAAGAUACGGAUAGUGGAAGUAGCAAUGGCAAUGGUAAUUUAACAGAGCCAUUGGUAGACAAAAGGAAAGAAUCAGAAGUUAAAAGCACACCUCAGAAGGGUAGCUUGUUUAUGGUUCUCUUCAGCACCUUCAUUGCAGUUUGUGGCGCAUUCGAGUUCGGGUCAUGUGUGGGAUAUUCCUCACCAGCCCAAUUUGGCAUUAUGGAGGAUCUCCAUCAAACUUAUUCAGAGUACUCAGUCUUUGGCUCCAUAUUGACUAUUGGUGCGGUUGUUGGUGCAAUCACAAGCGGACGAUUUGCUGAUUGGCUUGGCCGGAAAGGGACUUCUGUACACCUAGAUAUUGGAAGAUUUUUAACAGGAUGUGGAAUAGGGGUUAUUUCUUAUACGGUGCCAGUUUACAUUGCUGAGAUCACCCCUAAAAACCUCAGGGGGGCACUAGCAACAGCAAAUCAGCUCUUUAUAACAAUGGGGAUACUUUUUGCAUACGCAGUUGGUGCAUUUGUAUCAUGGAGGACUCUUGCUCUGACUGGUCUUAUCCCAAGCGUGAUUAUGAUAAUCGGACUCAGCUUCAUCCCAGAGUCCCCUAGAUGGCUGGCAAUGGCUGGUCAAAAGGAAAAAUUUGAAGCUGCAUUAAAGACACUUCGGGGACCUGAUGUUGAUAUUUCUCGAGAACGGACUGAAAUUCAAGAAUCCUUAGCAGUUCUUAGACAACUCCCAGAAGUCAAAGUACUGGACAUGUUUAACAGUAGGAACUUCCCUUUUGUCUUCAUUGGAGUUGGAUUGAUGGUGUUUCAGCAAGCAAUUGGAAUAAAUGGAAUAAUAUACUAUGCUGGUCAAGUAUUUGUCUCUGCAGGAGUCUCGCCUAGUGUUGGAAGUAUUCUCUACUCCGGUCUACAGGUUUUCGCCACUGCAUUCGGUGCAACCUUGAUGGAUCGAGCUGGCAGAAGACCCCUUUUAAUGAUAUCUGUAGCCGGGCUACUCGUGGGCAGUUUAUCUAUUGGAACUUCCUUCCUUUUGAAGGAACAUGGCAUGGCUCCUGAAGUUUCUCCAGUUCUUGCAUUGGUUGGUGUAAUGGUUUACAUAGCCUUCUUUUCGGUUGGUACAGGGCCCAUUCCUUGGGUUAUAAUGUCUGAGAUUUUCCCUCUCAAUCUAAAGGGACCAGCUGGAAGCCUGGUGACACUGGUGAACUGGCUUGGUUCUUGGGCUAUAUCUUACUCUUUCAUCUUUCUUUUUGAAUGGAGUUCAUUUGGUGUAUUUUUCCUUUAUGCUGGAUUCUGUGUACUGUCAAUGGUUUUCACCAUCAAGUUUGUUCCUGAAACAAAAGGCAGAACUCUGGAAGACAUUCAAGCAUCAAUAAGAUAA